AUGAUCUCUACAAAUUCAAAACCAGAUUCACCCCAGUCCAGGAAACAGGCCGUGGCUGAAGCCUCGUCGUCUCGAGUUGUCCCAAAGCCUGUGCCAGAGUCGCAGGCCCAGGAUCCCAGGACAUAUCAGAUUGACCAGCUGCGGCGACGUUAUUCGCCCAAGGAGACCACCGCACCAGAUGGUACAACUUCACUGCUGUUCAAAAUCAAGCCCUCGGAUCCAGACUUUCCAUUCGAGUUGGCCGCUCUCGAGUGCGAUAUCCGUGUUCCGCAAGCGUACCCGGAUGAGAAGCCGGUGUUGCAUGUAAAGAACAAGGACAUCCCGAGGGGUUUCGGUAUCAACAUCGAGAGAGGAUGGGAUGGACUCGUCGAGCAGAGGCCCGACGCUACGUUGCUCGCUCACACGCGAGAGUUGGACAAGAACCUGGAAAGGUUUCUGUCUGAGCAAAAGGCCGAGACAGUCAAGCUCGUGACUUUUAAGGACACGAGGCAUGUGGAGGCACAAAAGGCUCAGAGUCAGACUGAGACUCAGACACAGGAGCUAGCGCAGCCCAAGCAAGUGUCUGAGCCAGCUCCGUCAAAACCUGCUCCGGCGCCUUUCAAGUACGUUCCAGAACCGUCGUACACGAAAGACGAAAUCGCCGCUGCGAAAGAGAGGAGAGCUCUUGAGAUUCGCCAGCUCGAGGCGCGCAUGAAGAGAACACCUGAGUAUCGACGCUCACCCGAUGGUGUAGUGUAUACUCUACCGCUAGAACCCCAGAAACGCGCUCAGCUUCCACCAGGACUGCAAUCUGUCAGGAGUCUUCAUCUCAUCAUUCCUUUGCUUUAUCCUCUGCAGAAUCUCCGUGUCCAGCUCAACAAUGUUGAGCCUGAAGAUGCGGAACCAGUGGAGGAACUCUUCUACGAGAAAUCUGCGGAACAGCAGCAUAUGUCUCUCAUGAGCCACAUAAACUACCUCGCACAGAACAUCCACAAGCUCGCCAAGCAAGCACAGGCCCAGGCACCCAAGGUCGAGUCACCUGCCCCAGUGCCUGAAGAUCAGUCUCAAGACGACACAAAGGCACCUGAGCCGAAGUCCGAGAAUAGCCAUAUUCAGGUGAUUCCACGACCUCCUGAGUGGGGUUAUGCUGCUGGAGACGAUGAGGAGAGCUCUAGUUCUGACGAAACUGAUGAAGGUGGUGCUGUGUUGGAAAGCGAAGAGAAGGAACCGCAGGUUUACAUGCCAGGUGAAACCCCUGAGCGUGGCACCAUGUUGUCAUUCCCUUCGAUUGAGUUGCACGGUAUUGAGCUCCUACAGCUUUCUCUCUUGAGCAUCAGCGUCAAGUGCGAGCGAUGCAAGACAGUAAACGAAGUCAUGAGCUUGAAGCCCGAUGUCGAGAAGACGACGAGCUGCAAGAAGUGUGCUACAGGGUUCUCCGUCAAGUUUCGACAGACACUUAUUCACGAGAAUUCUACACGGGCUGGCUUCCUUGAUCUGGCAGGAUGCAAAGUGGCAGACAUGCUUCCUAGCACGUUUGUUCCAACUUGCGAGAGAUGUUCUACCCCGGCUCAGGGCCUUGUCUCAGUACGAGGCUCUUCCGUGACAAAUGUCUGCCGAGACUGUCAUGGCCACUUUACCUUUAAAAUCCCCGAAGUCAAGUUCUUGUUUAUCACCCCUGGCUCUCGUCCUCCGCCCACUGCAGGCCCUCGUCGGAAAGAAGAGAAGCUUGGCCUCCAUGCGGGAGACCAACUGCCCGACAAGGGUGCAUGCGCGCACUACAAAAAGUCGUACCGUUGGUUCCGCUUCUCAUGCUGUAGCCGCGUACAUCCCUGCGACAAGUGCCAUGACAGCCAGGAAGACCAUAUCAAUGAAUGGGCCAACCGCAUCAUCUGCGGCUGGUGUAGCCGCGAGCAGAACUACUCGUCGGCUGUCGAGGCGUGUAGAUUCUGCGGUCGGUAUCUGAUAGGUAAAAAGGGAAGAGGAUUCUGGGAGGGUGGAAAGGGUACCAGAGACAGGAGGAUGAUGAGUCGAAAAGACCCGAGAAAGUACAAGAGGAUUGGUGGUUCUGCAGCCAAGGAGAAGUAA